AACUAACAAAAUUUGUGUUUCCAUUCAGAUCGUCUUACUACCAAUAAAUAUUUUUAUAUAGGUAUUGGUUCAAAAUUUGCAACUUAACAAUGCCGAAUUAUACGUUUCCAUAUACAAGUCGAUGCAUUAGCUGUGGCGUCGCAGUUUCCACAAAAGGAUGCCUAUUCAAAGUUUCUCAAAACGAGGUUCAGGACACACUUAAUUCUUGUGGCUCGGAGGACGUUACCUCAAAUGCCCCGACCUCAAAAAUAAGCAAUCCUCGAAAACGGCAUAGUCAAAUAAAAAGGAAAAGGAAUAGUUCUCACAGAAAGCUAAUUAAUGGCUUUAAAUUGUCUCCGAAAAAACCAUUCACUCCGUUUGUAAAGAAACAAAUUUUAUUGAUGUCUUCAGAACACUCUCUCUAUAAGGCUGUCAUUCUAAGAGAGAUGAUCAGGUUAGGAAGAAAACCGAAUCGAAAGUUCGAAAAGGCUGCGAUAAAUGCUGUAAUUCAGUAAUGCAUCUGACGUACGAUAUUGGAACAGCAUUCCAACCUUGCAUAGUAGAGAUGAAAGAUGUAACAGAGGCGCCUUCUUUU